CGCAACAAGUCCUCCAUUCGCGCUGUCCAUGUGGAAAUCAAACCAACAUCCCGCUGCUAUGGUAAUUGUCGAAAUGCUCGUCGGGAUACGUAGGCUACUUCCGCCCAGAAGGACUACAAUUCAGUCAAUAAAGUGAAAGCAGUAGCUGAGUGACUGUUCGAAGAUGCCUAUGCACCAGCUACAUGGGAAGUUUUGGCCCCUGUAGCCAGAACACCAGUGCAGACAGCUAGGGCUGAAGCUCCAGGACGUCUGAAGAAAACCAGGCAUGAAAUAAAAGACUGUUAAACAUCACUACACAUACUUAAAAGGCCGAGGUGUUCAUGAAGGACACGGCCCAUGAGCACAGCCCGUCAUGUUCAUCCAAACACUGCCGCUCACCUGAACGUCAUCCGAUGAUUGGUUUACGCUGAUGGAGAGCAAAGUGUUUUGUCAGGAGUGCUGCAUGUGCAUCAGAUGGAGACCGGAGGGUAAAGAGAGAGAGAGUAAAAAAUGUGUGUAAGUGCGAUGAGGUCUACUGACAGAGGAAGUUUUGGUGUGAAGGUUGAGCCCAUGGUCCAUCUCCAGUUUCCUGGUCUGACACAAACCGAGCGCUGUGGUGUUCCUCAGCGAUGGCCUGUUCCGCAGCGGAGGAAAUAUGAAACACCCCGAGGCAUUUGUCAGCGGCUAUGACUUUGAUGCGUGUGUGAGAGCCGGCCACAUGGGCUUCGGGCCCCGUCUGCGAUGCCGCUGGCAGCAGUGAAGGCUGCUCUGGAGGACGCGGCGGCUGAAGGGGAAUGCGGCGUCUCCCAGUGGGAAGCCUCGGUGCUGGGUCGCGAGCCUCUGCCCUCCAUGAAGGUCCCCAGGGAGCUGCUGCGGAGUUUCCCCCACUCCAAGCGGGUCGGGUCCUACCUGGUGGGGAAGAUGAUCAACAAGGGCUCGUUUGCCAAAGUUAUGGAGGGGCUCCACAUCGGCACGGGGGCAAAGGUAGCAAUAAAAGUCAUUGACAAAAAGAAAGCACGACAAGACUCAUACGUGCUGAAGAACAUGAAGAGGGAACCUCGGAUUCAUCAGAUGGUUCGACAUCCUCAUAUCGUCGUCCUCUUGGAGACUCUGGAGACAGAGAACAGCUACUACAUGGCCAUGGAGCUGUGUGCUGGGGGAGACCUGAUGGACAGGAUCUGCGAGAGGAAGAGGCUGGAGGAGAGGGAGGUGCGGCGCUACACCCGACAGAUCCUCUCUGCCGUGGAGCACCUGCACAAACACGGCGUGGUGCACAGAGAUUUAAAAAUUGAAAACUUCCUUCUGGACGAACAUAACAACAUCAAGAUUGUGGACUUUGGCCUGAGUAACACGCUGAAGCCGGACUCUUUGUCCCUGGAGCUUCUCAGCACCCAGUGUGGGAGUCCUGCCUACGCGGCCCCCGAGCUGCUCGCUCACAGGAAGUAUGGACCCAAAGUGGAUGUGUGGUCUGUAGGCGUGAGCACGUUCGCCAUGCUGACGGGAACGUUGCCCUUCACCGUCGAGCCCUUCAACAUCAAGCAGCUGCACCAGAAGAUGGUCAACGGGGAGAUCAGUAGCAUCCCCAGUGACAUCAGCAAAGGUGCAGUGGCAUUUGUGCUGUCGCUGCUGGAGCCGGACCCGGUCAAGAGGCCCAGCGUGAGGACUGCGAUGGAGGAGCGAUGGAUCAACGAGGGCUACGCCAAGAAGCCGCUCCACACGCUCACGUACAAAAACAGGGUGUGUGCGGAGGACCUCAACCCGUCUGUGCUGGCGUACAUGACGGAGACGCUGGGCUACGCCCUCUCGGAGGUCGUCCACACGCUCACCGCCAACCGGCCGUCCGCCGCCAUGGCCUACUACCACCUGCUGCUCAACAAGCUCGCCGGCGGCCAGCGAGGCGCCAAGGCCAGCAAGAAGCUGGAGAGCGUCCACUGGAGCCCUCCCAACAAGGAGCCGUGGAGAGAGAGGAGCAAGACUGAGUCAAAGACUCAGCCAGAGAAUGAGGUGAUGAACCAGAAUGGCUGUAAACAGACCAGCAGACCUCUAAGGGCCCAGCAGGCGGCUGCAUCCCAGAGCAACGGAAGGAGAGCGGAGGACGUCUACAGACGGGAGGAUGAUGAGAACUGUCCUCCCUCCCCAUCACCACCCCCGCUUCCCUCCUCCGCCUCCCCUCCUCUCCUCCCUCACCUUCCCCCUCCCUCGACCUCCCCUGUGCCUUUGCUGGCGGAGGAUGGAGGCACUGGUGAGGAUGUUGCCAUCACUUUGGAAAGAGACACCAUCUUCCCCGAGGUGUUUGGCGACAAGGAGCUCGCCCGUCUUUCCCCUCCCAAAUGCUCCGCGUCUCAGCUCUGUGACUCGGCCCCCUGCCAAGUGCUGCUGGCCGCCGAGCAAAUCCGACAGAGCAGCGGCACCAAGCCGACGCGACACGCGCACCUGCUGAGGACGACGCGCUCGGACGGAGCAGCAGACCGGGGCUCCCGCUGCUUCCACGACGAGCGCCACCAAGACGACCAUUCUCCGCAUCUGGGCAUCAACGAGCGGCUGGAGAAGCUGCAGACGUUUUACUCAUCAGAGAAGCCCGGCGCCGCUCCCAGGAUCUUCCUGGAGGUCGACGACGCGGCCUCGUCGGACAGAGACAGGGACCCCCCCACCAUGGAGACAACACAGACGCUAACCUCUGCCCGUCUGCCACGCCUGCGCAACGUGGGGCUAAAAGAGGGACGGGGCAGGAAGAUGACGUGGGUCGGGUUGACCCGACCCGGACCACCAGGACUCCUGGUAAACGGGUCUAAACCUCCCGCCUUCCCCCUGCAGAGACAACACACCCUGGUCGUUAAAAGCCUCAGGCAAGAGAGGGGGAAGAGGAGAGACCUGUCCGUAGCAGGAGGAGGAGAGAGAGGGAUGGUCGGAGGGGGGAUGAACGGAACCAAGAGGAACUCCGUCCAGCUACGCUCGUCGCUGCAGCGCAGGGUGGGGGACAUCAACCUGCCGCUGCUUCCUGCAGCCCUGCACGGAAAAGGCGACAAGAAGAGCCAGCUGCACAGCAUGGACUACUGAGGGUGGAGAGAGGAAGGGAAUGAAGGAGGCCGAGGCUCCACCUCAAUCACAGCACACGGUUUACAGUAGUGUCUCUCUCGUUUAUUGUAAAGUGCCAAAUCAAUUCAAAUGCAUAAUAAUAACAACAGAUGACCUUUUUCUUCUUUUUCAUUUCCACCCAUCACAAUGUGAAGUGCAGGAAGCAGACAAACGUGCAUUACUGUUCCUACAUCUUUUUUUGUACUAAUGCUGUAUGUCAAAGUAAAACCAAGCCUCAUUUGGG